GCGCGAUAUCCCAUCCUCCCCUGCGGCCUCCGGAUUUUUUGUUUUUUCGCCUAGAACUUUUUGCUUCCCCCGUGCGCUCUCGUCGUCUUCGCGAGGUCGGGACCCCAGGCGGAGCGAAACCCUCGAAGCGAGAGUCGGCUAGGGCGGGGUAGAGAGAGAGGGGCUAGGGGAGAGUGAGGAGGCGGGCGAGAUGAAGCUGAACGUGAAGACCCUCAAGGGCACCAGCUUCGAGGUCGAGGCGAGCCCCGAGGCCUCGGUCGCUGAGGUGAAGAGAAUCAUCGAGACUAAUCAGGGUCAGAGUAUGUACCCUGCGGACCAGCAGAUGCUCAUAUACCAAGGGAAAAUUCUCAAGGAUGACACCACUCUGGAAAGUAACAAAGUUGCUGAGAACAGCUUCCUUGUUAUAAUGCUGUCCAAGGCUAAGGCAUCAACAAGUGGAGUUUCUACUGCUGCAAAAGCUCCUGCGACUCUGGCUCAACCAGCUGCUCCGGUAGCCCCUGUUGCUUCAGUUGCAAGAACAACACCUUCACAAGCACCUGUUGCUGCAUCUGAACCGGCACCUCCCAGUGCACAACCUCAAGCUGCUCCAACUGCUACAGUUGCUGCAUCUGGUGAUGCUGAUGUGUACAGUCAGGCAGCAUCAAACCUUGUCUCAGGUAACAACCUAGAACAGACUAUCCAACAAAUUCUUGACAUGGGUGGCGGUACAUGGGAACGCGAUACCGUUAUCCGUGCUCUACGUGCUGCAUAUAAUAACCCUGAGAGAGCUAUUGACUACCUGUAUUCGGGAAUUCCUGAGAAUGUAGAGCCCCCACCUGUGGCUCGACCACCUGCUUCUGGCCAACAAACAAAUCCACAGGCUCCAUCACUUGCUCAACCUGCAGUUGCACCACCAGUGCAGCCAUCUGCUACCUCUGCUGGGCCUAAUGCAAAUCCGCUAAACCUUUUCCCUCAGGGUGUUCCAAGCGGUGGUUCCAAUCCUGGUGCUGGUGCCGGUGCCGGUGCAGGAGCUGGUGCCCUUGACGCUUUGCGACAGGUUCCACAGUUUCAAGCACUGCUUGCAUUGGUCCAGGCUAAUCCGCAAAUCUUACAGCCAAUGCUUCAAGAGCUAGGCAAACAAAAUCCACAAAUUCUGCGGUUGAUUCAGGAAAAUCAAGCUGAGUUUCUCCGCCUGGUGAAUGAAUCUCCUGAGAGUGGUACUGGGGGAAACAUACUAGGUCAACUAGCAGCUGCAAUGCCACAAACGCUGACAGUUACUCCGGAGGAACGGGAAGCUAUCCAGCGGCUCGAGGCAAUGGGGUUCAAUCGUGAGCUUGUGCUGGAGGUUUUCUUUGCUUGCAACAAGGAUGAAGAGCUUGCCGCCAACUACCUCCUGGAUCAUGGCCAUGAGUUUGAUGAGCAGCAGCAAUAGAUGUUACGGUGGGUCAUAUGGUGGGGUGAGGGGGAAACCCAAGAAAAAGCCGAGCAGCUCAGUGUCGUUCUUGUUUCUGACUGUUGAGAAAUACCAGGCCAUUUGUGCAAAUGCUGCUGACUAUGUUUUAUUUCCAUAUAUGUAUUGGGAAUGUAUUCUAAGUACAUAUUAAUUUCAUAUUUAAGACGUAUACCGUCUAUAAUA